CACCGAAUUAAGUUUAUUAUCAUGUCUUUAUCUAACAAAUUAUCCGUCAAGGACUUAGACGUCACUGGCAAGAGAGUCUUUAUCAGAGUUGAUUUCAACGUCCCAUUGGAUGGUAAGACCAUCACCAACAACCAAAGAAUUGUUGCUGCUUUGCCAACCAUUCAAUACGUUUUGGAAAAGAAGGCCAAGUCCGUCAUCUUGGCUUCCCACUUGGGUAGACCAAACGGUGAACGUAACGAAAAGUACUCUUUAGCUCCAGUUGCUACCGAAUUGGAAAAGUUGUUGGGUAAGCCAGUUACUUUCUUGAACGACUGUGUCGGUAAGGAAGUUGAAGAUGCUGUUAAUGCUGGUAAAGACGGUCAAGUUUUCCUUUUAGAAAACUUGCGUUUCCACAUUGAAGAAGAAGGCUCUUCCAAGAAGGAUGGUGUCAAGACCAAGGCUGACCCAGAAGCUGUUGCCAAGUUCAGAUCUCAAUUGACCGCCUUGGCUGAUGUCUACGUUAACGACGCUUUUGGUACUGCCCACAGAGCCCACUCUUCUAUGGUUGGUUUCGAUUUGCCACAAAGAGCCUCUGGUUUCUUGAUGGCUAAGGAAUUGGAAUACUUCGCCAAGGCCUUGGAAAACCCAGCUCGUCCAUUCUUAGCUAUUUUGGGUGGUGCUAAGGUUUCCGACAAGAUUCAAUUGAUUGACAACUUAUUAGACAAGGUUGACUUGUUGAUUGUCGGUGGGGGUAUGGCUUUCACCUUUAAGAAGGUUUUGGACAAUAUGCCAAUUGGUGACUCUCUUUUCGACGAAGCUGGUGCCAAGAAUGUUGAAAACUUGGUUGCUAAGGCCAAGAAGAAUGGUGUUGAAUUGAUUUUACCAGUUGAUUUCGUCACUGCUGACAAGUUUGACAAGGAUGCCAAUGUUGGUACCGCCACCCAAGAAGAAGGUAUUCCAGACCACUGGAUGGGUCUUGAUGCUGGUCCAAAGUCUAGAGAAUUGUUUAGCGCUGCUGUUGCCAAGGCCAAGACUAUUGUUUGGAAUGGUCCACCAGGUGUUUUCGAAUUUGACAAAUUCGCCGCUGGUACCAAGUCCUUGUUGGAUGACGCUGUCAAGUCUGCUGAAGCUGGUAAUAUUGUUAUUAUUGGUGGUGGUGAUACUGCUACUGUUGCCAAGAAAUACGGUGUUGUUGACAAGUUGUCCCACGUUUCUACUGGUGGUGGUGCCUCUUUGGAAUUAUUGGAAGGUAAGGCCUUACCAGGUGUUGUUGCCUUAUCCAACAAGGAAUAACUAGUACAUUUGUAGAGAGAGAAAGCUUAUACUAUGAUUUUAAUAAUAAACAUUUUUUGUGUAUUAC